CCGAGUGUCCGCGCCCGUAGCCACGCUCCCUACCUCGAGAGAAGGGCGGGGUCGCACACGCGCACUGGUUCUCCGUCGCCCCACGAGGAGCGUUGCUUUGCUGGAAGCGGCGGCUGGCUAGCCGCGGCCAUGCUUCGACGUGAGGCCCGCCUGCGCCGGGAGUAUCUGUACCGCAAGGCCCAGGAGCAGAAGCAGCAUCUUCUGGAGGAGAAGAAGCUGAAGCUCAAGCAAGCCCUCGAUGAAAAUCAGCCGCUUCCCACCGAGCUCCGAAGAGAAGCCCUGACUCUCCAGAAGGCCUUGGAGUUUGAUGACGACGGGAGUGAAGGUGUCUUGAACCACCAAGAUGACGAGUACCGCUGGGCAGGCGUGGAAGACCCGAGGAUCAUGAUCACCACUUCUCGGGACCCCAGCUCUCGGCUCAAGAUGUUUGCCAAGGAACUGAAGCUGAUAUUUCCUGGGGCUCAGAAGAUGAACCGGGGACGCCAUGAAAUGGGGGCCCUGGUCCGGGCCUGUAAGGCCAACGGAGUGACCGACCUGUUGCUGGUGCACGAGCAUCGUGGGACUCCAGUUGGCCUCAUCGUGAGCCAUCUGCCCUUUGGGCCUACUGCAUAUUUCACACUGUGUAAUGUGGUGAUGCGACAUGAUGUCCCUGACCUUGGCACUGCCCCACAGGCCUUUCCCCACCUUAUCUUUCACGGAUUCUCCUCCCGCCUUGGACAGCGAGUCUCAGACAUUCUCCGAUACCUCUUCCCCGUACCCAAGGAUGAGAGCCGCCGGGUCAUUACUUUUGCGAACCAGGACGACUUCAUUUCUUUUCGGCAUCAUGUGUAUCGGAAGCCAGAUCAUCACACGGUGGAGCUGACAGAGGUGGGGCCAAGAUUUGAGAUGAAAUUGUACAUGAUCCGCCUGGGCACACUAGAACAAGAAGCCACCGCAGAUGUGGAGUGGCGCUGGCACCCGUAUACCCACACGGCCCGCAAGAGGACCUUCCUCAGCAUCUAGUGGGCCCCCGACAAAGCAUCUGCAGAGCUAGCAUCAGAUUGUGCACUCGGGAAAACAAUUAUGGUUUUCAUAAUUGUCAACGUGAUACGUGUAAUGAAAUAUACUGCUGGUCUAGGUUUUUUUUUUUUAAGUGUUACCAUUUUCCCAGCAGAGUCUGACUUGGGAAUUGGACUUAGAACACAGCUUGAAAUAGUCAGUUCUCGACAACGUCUUCUCAUGUACGUGUGUGAAUCAAAGAUUGAAGAACUCUUGUUCCUGUCAUUGAACUGUGGUCUCCAUAACAACCCUCUGGGAUUCAGGACUGUUCCCACAGGACUGGAAACAGCCCUGUUAUCAUGCAUCUUCAGGCUUGUCACGGGCAACCACCCACACCCUAUAUUAUAAUGGUAUUGAUUGUAUUGUAAUCUACUUUACGAUUUAUGAUUUGUACCUUUUGCUGCAGCAGGGGGAGGUCCCCUGCCCAGGAGAGCUUCCAGAUUACAGACUCUUCUUCACUCUGAAAGUGAUAAAUUAAACCAUGACUUGAGCUCUAAAAUGUGGGUCUAGGCUGCCCAGUGUGGCUCUAGCUAUUCACAUUUAGAGACCAAGAUAUUAAAAUUCUGUUUAUAAGCUGGA